UCAGGUUAAUAUUUUGUGUUUACCUUAACUUAAAUAAAAAUGAUGAAUUACGGAUAUUUUAGUGAAGAAUUCGCUGAUUUUGAGAACAUGUUUAAUGAUUUCCUGGAGCCCAACAUAGAGGAAUGUUCUUUGCCAUUAAUAACGACAGAUGUCAAUUUUGCGUCUCCUCAGUCAAAUGAAAAUGUUGAUUCUGAUAUUUCAUCAACUUCAACAAAUGUAAGUAAUCAAAGCAACAGUAUUUUCAACCCUGAAGAGUUUUUAGUAUCACCAUCAACAAAUUUUGAUCAUAUUUAUGUAAACAGCAGUUUGCAGCCAUCGCCUUUGCAUGAAUCUGAUAGCGGGGUAUCUGAGUCAGAAUCUGUAAGUGUUGCGAGCAGUCCUCCACCCCAAGAACGAAAUAUCUAUCAAUAUAGAUCUAAGUGUAUCGAAAAUUGUACACCAGAAGGUAACACAAGAAAUUUUAAAAACGUGUUAAAUUGUGACAGCAAAUGCUGUUUAGAUGAUAAAGUUGUAGAUCUAGAUGCAAAAAAAGGCACAUCUUUUCGUUCAAUAUCUGCUGAGUAUGACAGUGAUGAUUCAAGCCAGAGCUCCAGUUCAUUGAAGAAAGUCAGUUCAGAAAAUAAGCUACAUGGUUUAAAAAUUAUCACUGUCAAAAAGCCAUGCAACUUGGUUUCGAAUGACUCAAUUUCUGAGCAAGUGAUUAAAGCAAUAGAUGACAGAUCAAAGAAAAAUGCGCAGCAGGCAAAGCUUAAUCGAGAGAAGAAAAAGGCCUACAUCAAGAAUCUUGAAAAUGAAAUGGAAGUCUUGAAGAACCAGAACCACCAAAUGAAGCAAGAAAUUGCUGACUUAAAAACAAACAUGUCAAACUUAGAAGAGGAAUCUGCUUAUCUUAAAUCAGUACUCAUGAAUGCCAGUCCACUAUCUAGCCUGUUAAACAAGAUAGGCAAUGUGCCUGUCGUAAACCUGUCUACCAGAUUCACCAGAAAACGACUUUUGGAUAACAUUCCUGUGUCUGGUGAACCCACUGUUGAAGCACCUUGCAAAAAAGAAAAAAAAGCUGGUGUUUGUUUGCAUGUAAAUGGUGAUGAAUUCAGUCUCGAGUUUUGUGCACACUGUUCCUCUCAAGCUCAUAGUACAUAGAACAUACUUACAGCUUUCUGGAAAGAGGUUGUAAAACAGAAUCUGAGUUAACAUUGUAACAAUUAUUACUUCCCUAUUAAGAUAUUUCCAGGUUGCAAGUCCUACUUUAAGAAGUCUACAGACAAGCACAGAACUUGAGCAUCAGCCUAAAGUCUAUAAUUAAUUCAAUUUUAUGUUUGACUUGUAACUGUUUAAGUUAAGUUUAUCAUGUAUCUUAAAAUGUUUUUGAAAAAAGAAUCAAAACAUUAUAAAGGUUACUAUUUGCAAAAUCAAAGUGUACAGCUUUAC